UUUUGACUUGCAGUUUAAUGCUUAUUUACAAGUUAAGUAGCAAAAAUUUUUAACCAUGUCUGACGCAGCAGCUAAAGGAGGAAAACAGGCACCUAAAGUAGCCAAGAAAGGUGAAAAAAGAGCCGGCAAAAAAGGAGGAAAGAUUGGUGGAACUGGUGAAAAGAAACGCAAGAGAAAGAGAAAGGAAAGUUAUGCUAUUUACAUCUACAAUGUUUUGAAACAAGUUCACCCAGAUGUCGGAGUUUCAAGCAAAGCUAUGAGCAUCAUGAACUCAUUUGUCAACGACAUCUUUGAGCGCAUUGCUUCCGAAGCUUCGCGUUUGGCUCUUCAAAACAAAAAGUCGACCAUCUCUUCUCGUGAAAUUCAAACCGCAGUACGUCUUCUCUUGCCUGGAGAACUUGCAAAACACGCAGUCAGUGAAGGAACAAAAGCCGUCACAAAAUACACAAGCAGCAAGUAAACCAACGUCUACCAAACACAAACGGUCUUUUUUAAGACCACACAUCUUUAAAAAAACAUUUACUUGGCGUCACUACAAGUUAACCGAAGUUAAUAAAACUUCUAAAUAAUGUGCUUAAGAACACUAGCCUACAUUUAAAAUACUUCCCCAUGUGUGUGUGGAUUAGCUUCACUUUUCAUACGUAUUAUUAGCUGUACUUGCAGAAAAGACAAGUACAUUGAUCCAUGUUAUUGCUUACAUUUAACUUAACCCAGCUUUUCACGGAAACACUCCCAGGCAUAUUAACCCUACAAAGUAUUUCUAAAUUUUUUUUGUGUCAUAUAUGACAUAGUAUC